AUUUUAAUCAAAAAUGUGGAAACACCACGAGAUUUUCAAUUUUAUUGCGAAUUUCUUCAAAUUUUUCAAGUAUUAAUGCAUAAAAUCAUCGCUUCAAGUCGCAGAUUCAGUAGAAUGUCCUCAUCUAGCACUUUGAAGGGGAAAGAAAAUUAAUUUCAACUGUGAUCAGUCCGUAGACAUGAGUUUUUCUCAAAUAAACCGAUAUUGGGGCGAAGACCCGAAACCAGAAGCUCAAAGUAAUCCAAAUGCGUUGAGCAGUUUAUUACAAAAAAUCGAAGAGCGAAAAAAAUACAAGAGGAAAAUCCAGGAUAGAAAUGAAACUAAAGAAGUUAUUCAGGUCACUCCAGAAUCAACACCGGUUACUGAGGAACCUCCGGCUAAAAAACUGAAAUCAAACGAAUCUAAAAUUGAAUCGAGCAGUGAGCCGAAUGAACCUGAGAAUUUCACUAUCCUUAAAAAUUUGGAUUUUAAGAAAAUUCAGAAGAUCAAACGAGUACUGCCUGGAUGGCUGGCUAAUCCUUCUGUGGUAUCUGUAGACUUGAAGAAUUUAUCUGUUACCAUUAAUGAUAUCCCCUAUUUGGAUCCUUCUUUGGUGAAUCAGCUGCAACAUAAUAAAAUCACUCAUUUUUUCCCAGUUCAAAGUCAGCUAAUACCUUGGUUAUUGAAUUGUCAUCGUAAAGGUCAUAAAUUUUGGCAUCGUGAUGCCUGCGUAUCGGCUCCAACAGGAAGUGGUAAAACACUAUCGUUCGUUUUACCGAUUAUUCAGAUCCUCAAAACUAGAUUAAUUACUCGUAUCAGAGCAUUAGUCGUGUUACCAACUAAAGAUUUAGCGUUUCAAGUUUUCAAGGUGUUUAAACAGUACGUCGGUGUGACAAAUUUAAAUGUGAUCUGUUUAGGAACAUCUACGUUAGAGAAGGAGAGAAAGAAAUUGGUUUCAUCGGAUCCCGUAAAUGGAUAUCGUAGUUUAGUCGAUAUUGUGGUCACAACUCCGGGACGAUUAGUCGAACAUAUCAAAUACACCAAUGGAUUUUCACUAUCGAAUUUGAAAUUUUUAAUCAUCGACGAAGCUGAUCAUGUUAUGGAAUCGACGCAAAACGAUUGGCUGAAACAUUUACGAAACCGUAUCCCUCCUUUUGAAAAAAAUUCAUCAUCGGUGUUUUUAACAUUGGCAAAUGUUAUUGAGAAACCUCCCAGACCUCAGAAAUUAUUGUUUUCUGCUACUUUAUCUCAAGAUCCUGAAAAAUUGCAACAACUUGGUCUCUUUCAACCGGUACUUUUUACUUCUGUCGUGAAAUCCGAUGAAAAAGAGAAUGAACCAAAAUCAGAAUCCAACCGAGGAGAAUUCAUUGGUAAAUUUACAACGCCGAAAGAACUCACGGAAUAUUAUUCAGUCUGUUCGUCGGAAGUAAAACCUUUGGUAUUAUAUCAUCUAAUCAGAAAACACAACUGGAAACGGAUUCUGUGCUUUGCCGAUUCCAUAGAAUUCGUGCAUCGUUUAGUGAAGCUUUUGCAGCAAUUGAACGUAAAAGACGAAGAAACCAAGUCUUGGAAUAUUUUCGAGAUGUCUUCGAAAUUAUCACCACUUGAGCAUAAAAAAGUGCUUCGUAAAUUUUCCAAAGGAUCUAUUGACAUUUUGGUUACUACCGAUUCGUUAGCUAGAGGUAUUGAUUUACCUGGUGUGCAAUGCGUUAUUUUAUACGAUGCUCCUAAAUUUGCUAAAAAUUAUAUCCAUCGGAUUGGAAGAACUGGUAGAGCUGGACAAGAGGGUAACUCGCUUGUGAUUGUUACGAACGAACAAGUGGACGAAUUUAACGGCAUUUUAAAGGUAGCUGGUAAAUCUAACGUUAAUGAAAUUAAAGUCGAAUUGGCAGAUUUGAAUUAUUUGGAUAAUGCGUACAAAUUGGCUUUGGAAGGACUGAAAUCAGAAAUUCAAAAAGAAGACGAAAACAAGUUGCGAACAAACAAAGCCAUUAAGAGCGGUAAAGUACGAAAUGUUGGCAAGAAAAGGAGUAAAAAGAAGACCACGAUUGCGAAAACCGAAUGAUCGCUUGUUUAUUCGAAAUAUUUGUAUUUUUUUUACAAAAUGAAAUGUUCAUCUACGUAA